UUAGCUGUUGAGGAAGGGAAUCAUCCUUGACCAAGAUCUGAGUGGGAAUCCAGAAAGAACCUAUUAAGAGAAGCUCAGAGAACUGUCAAACACACCUUUUCUUCCUCAAGAUACUUACGUGGUUUUCCUUCUAACCCUACUGAGUGUUCUUUGGUCACCAUGAAUAUAUUUCGGAUCCUGGGGGAUGUCUCUCACCUCUUAGCUAUGAUCAUGUUGCUGGUGAAGAUAUGGAGAUCAAAGUCUUGUGCUGGUAUCUCAGGAAAGAGCCAGAUCCUUUUCGCAGUCGUUUUCACAAGCCGCUACCUUGAUCUAUUCACAAAUUUCAUCUCAAUCUACAAUACUGUUAUGAAGCUUGUUUUUUUAAUUUGCGCCUACGUUACUGUGUACCUUAUCUAUGGGAGGUUCCGUAAAACCUUUGACAUUGAGAAUGACUCUUUCCGCCUUGAAUUCCUUUUGAUCCCUGUCACAGGCCUGUCGUUUCUGGAAAACCACAAUUCCAAACCUUUAGAGAUUCUGUGGACUUUCUCCAUUUACCUGGAAUCAGUGGCUAUCCUUCCUCAGCUUUUCAUGAUUAGCAAAACAGGCGAGGCAGAGACAAUCACUACACACUACCUUUUCUUCUUAGGCCUCUACCGUGCUCUCUAUCUUGCCAACUGGAUCUGGCGCUACCAAACAGAAAACUACUAUGAUCAAAUUGCUGUAGUUUCUGGAGUUGUACAGACCAUCUUCUAUUGUGACUUUUUUUACCUCUAUGUUACUAAAGUAUUGAAAGGAAAGAAGUUGAGCCUCCCAAUGCCCGUCUGAAGAGGUGCACAAGUAUAUUCCUGAAGACACUCCAAGAUUGCCAGAUUUUUUGUGUGCCACGUGGUUCACCUAUCCUUCACAGAACUCACCUGUUCCUCUACACCA